AGCACAGCACGAGUCGGAUUUCGUGUGAGCCAGACCUUUCGGCUCCGGCCGCAACCAGAAUUUCACCAUGUACCCAAGGGGCGAAAUCGCGAACCCGGAUGAAAUCAGCCUCCAGAUGGAGGGCGGCGCCUCCCAGAUGCCACCGUCGGAUGAUCGCGUCGCUCAGGUGGGUGGGACGGACGUGAAUGUGUAUCUGAGUCCGAACGGCCACGAUUUGACCGUGGGGCUGUCCUGGGACUUCGUCGAGGGAAAUUCUCCGGUGGAUCUGGAUUGCUCCGUCGUGUGCUGCAACGCCGGCGGCCAGGUUUUGGACGCCUGCUACUUCAACCAGCAGAUCUGCAUGGCGGGGGCUAUCAUGCACUCGGGCGACAACAAGACUGGAGUGGGUGCGGGGUUCGACGAAAGCGUCCAGAUCGACAUCGACCUCGUGCAUCCGGGAGUGUCCAUCCUGGUCUUCGUCCUGAACGCUUUCAAGGGCGGAAAUUUGAGCAGCGUCGCCAACGCGAAGGUCACAGUCUUGGAGGUUGGAAAGCCGGAGCCACUGGCCGUGUGCCCGGUUACGAUGCGGAAGGGAGACUUCACCGGUAUGGUGCUCGGGUUUCUGUACAAGCCACCGGGGGUCGAGGAUGUAUUUCUAUACUCUUGACUUGCUUGUGCAAGUGGACAACUUUCGCUUAGACUUUUUUUCGUAGCUUCUCCCAAAUUAUUUUACAUACGAAAGUCCAACAUUUCCAUUUCCACGCAAUCCAAUCCUAAAGAAUCACGCCUGGAAGUUUCGGAAUUUGGGCCGAGCUUGUCGUGUGAAGAUGCAGAGGACAGCGACGUAAAGAUGAAAAAGAAAUUGAUACCAAAACCAAGACGGCUUGCACGAUUUGCUUUUGUUAUGAUCUCGUAUGUCUCCAUACUACACAUACACUACAAGGUUCAGCAUGAUGAAGAAAGCGUCACCAUUUAUUUGAGACGAUAGAAAUGACAUAAAGAUUCUUUUUAAAAAUGACUUGACAAAUCUUCAUCUAUGUCUAUGAUCGUCAAUUCGAACUUCAACUUGAGGUAGUACUCCUCUAGCUCUACAACUUCAACGAUCCUACUUUAUCGCGAUCCGCGCUCUACUUCUUUUUCAUACCCGAAGGCAGAAACUUCGAGGAAUCGCUGCCGGACGUGCGUCGGGCGUUGAAUAUCUCGGGUAUUCUGGACCCCGCAUCGACGAAUAUGAUCAUGUCUAUGGACAAGAAGUUUAACAUGAGCAAGGGUGACUUCCUCGAGAUCCCCCAGCACCUCUUCCAGGACGGUUCGGACCUCUUCAUCGGCCUCGGGUGGGAGACGCCGGGCGUCCGCGGGGGCGUGGAUUUGGAUGCCUCCGUGCUGCUUUUCGAUGCCCAAAACAACCUGAUCGACGUGGUGAACUACGCAAAUUUGUCCUUCCUCCAGGGCGCGGUCCGGCACAACGGGGACAACGUGACCGGCGCCGGGAAGGGCGACGACGAGAAGAUCGAUCUGGAUCUCGACCGGCUGCCGCCCGUUGUCGCGCAGAUGUACGUCGUGGUCAACGUGUACAGUUCCCGGCACUCAUAUGCAAGAGAGACUGCCUAUUAAGUGUGAGUCUGUAAUCCAAACCUCUAUGCAACAUAUACAUACGAUACUAUCCUUAGGCGUACUUGUCAUGCUCGCCAGGCUUUGGCUUAGCGUCCCAUUAAUUUCGUACGUGUUUUCAUGUGCUACCUGCGUAUGACAGACGAGCUUUAUUCUGAACAAAUUUAUCAUGCUGUUACCCCGUAUGUUUCCGAUGAAGUCAACAUGUUGUUGCGCCAAGACGCCUACACUACCGCAGUUUUCUUCCUGGAUAGCUCCUUCCAGCACGUUUCCGACGCGUAUGUGCGGCUCUGCGCAGCGAAAAACAAGCAUGAAUUUUGCCGGUUUUGCCUGCAGAAGCAGACGGUCCUGGCCAGCUGCCUCAUUUUCGCCCGGAUCUUCCGCGGCCCGGUCCGGGGGUCCUGGGUCUUCAACACCAUCGGGGUCGGCUGUCACGGCAACGUCGCCACGCAGCCCAGCGUCGUGCAGGGCUGUCUCGCCUCGGUGAACGGGUUUGGCGGCACGGUUUCCCAGGUGGGGCCGAGCAUGAUGAAGAACGUGCAGCUGUUCCAGCCGGUCCAGGUUGGCGGGGGAGGUCCUGGUGCUGCCAUAGUGCAACAACCUAUGAACGCCAACGGCGUGGCGGGGGGCGGGGGUAUGAAAGGGAAGCGUUUACUUUCUUGUUCUUGGCAGGACGUGGGUGUGGGUCUCUCUCUAGCUCUACACGAGCACUGAUCGAAUAUAAUUUAUAAGCCGGCUGGUUUGGCCGCUGCUUUAGCUUUUAGGAGCGAACACCUUGUUUCUGCGAGAGCGAGUUCGAUCAGAAUGCAUUACCACAUUACAGCGGGAAAGAAAAUUUUUAAAUAGUCUUCAAGACAUCAAGUCGCAGGGUCCGCCAGCAGAACAACAAGAAGACUUUUCCUUGCAUACUCCGGGCGGCAAGUUCGACGCGACCGCCACCGCCCUCUGGUGGAGGUUGCUGUGUCAUUUUGUGAAGUUGCAAUUUGCAAGAGCGAAAAAUCAAAAGCAAAUAGAGUCAUAA